GCAAAGCACCACGGGUACUUCAUAUUUUGCCUUCUUACUAAUCUGCGAUAACGAAGCAGCACUCGGUCCUGUCAGCUGCAGAAGUUCCCACGUUGUACUCUGCUACAUAAACCCACACGUUGAACACCGUGAACGCUCUGCGAAACCAUGGCGAGCAAAAUGCUGUUGCUGUUGUGCCUGCUUAUUUUCACAGUCGAUGCUGAAGAAAAGUCUGGGCUGUACAGAAAGCCUUCCUGUGGCGAAAUGAGUGCCAUGCACGCGUGUCCGAUGAACUUUGCCCCCGUGUGCGGAACGGACGGCAAUACCUACCCCAACGAGUGCUCGCUCUGCUUCCAGAGACAGAACACCAAAACUGACAUCUUGAUCACGAAGGACGACAGCUGCUGAAUAGGGGUGGUGAUAUCAUAUCUUAUGGGUAGAGUGAUGUCACAAGCAUGAUGCCUCCAUUAAUUCCACAAUGACAUCAUGUGAAUUUCCCUAAAGCUGUACCUCUGAAUAAACACUAAUUCAACUGCA